ACGCCAGAACUGAGAUGCGCGAUCUGUUCUACCGAGUAUACCUCAUUCAAGAUCCUCCAAACGCACAUGAACCAACACUUCGGUAACUAUACUUGCAAAAUCUGCGCCGGGGGCUUCGUCACCGAACGUUUGCUGCAAAGUCACAUUAAACGUCACGGGAAUGGCGAAUACAAGUGUACUCAGUGCGACAAGCCUUUCCCGACACUAAACAAAAGACAGGAACACGUCCAAAGAGUCCAUCUCGGCUUAAACAAGAGAAAUAAGUGCAAUCACUGCGAUGAAAGAUUCGUGGAUUACUGGCAGAAGGUUAAACAUAUGGUCAAGAUGCACGGGGAGCCGCCGGUGGUCCUUAAGUGCCAAGCGUGUGAGCGGACAUUUAACAACCAGAGGGUACUGUCGAGGCACCACAAGAAGGACCAUCUGUUGGAAAGACGUUAUCCCUGUUCAGAAUGUGAUAUGAAAUUCUUCACUAGAAGUGCUUUGAUAAAGCACAUGGCGAAGCACACUGGACUCAGGCAGUACACUUGCGACAUUUGUCACAAGUCGUAUGGCAGGAAGAAUACACUGCGAGAACAUAUGAGGAUCCAUGCUGACGAUAGACGCUAUAAGUGUGAAAACUGUGGACAAGGAUUUGUGCAGAAGUGCAGUUGGCGGGGCCACAUGAGGUCCAAACAUGGAGAAAAUGUUUAACAAAUUAUUGUUAAUUAGUUCUAGAAUAAAGUCUAUUUAU